CUGAACGGCAACAAGUGGGCCUUCGGGGAAUUUGCAUGCGACCUAUGGCUUUCAAUCGACUAUAUUGUGUGUUUGGCAUCGAUUUAUACCGUAUUAGGUAUUACUGUAGACAGAUACUGUAGUGUAAAACAUGCAGCUUUAUAUCGUAAUUGGCGUACACCAGAAAGGGUUAUGAUGAUUAUUGCUGUAACAUGGGCUGUUCCUAGUGUACUUUUUUCCAUAUCCAUAUUUGGUUAUGGAACGUUCACAGGAACAGGACGAAUAUUAGCCAAAGAUGAAUGUUAUGUCCAGUUUAUGACCAAUGCUUAUUUGAAUAUGGGCAUGUACAUCUCAUACUAUUGGAGUACUUUGUUCGUUAUGUUAUAUCUAUAUUGGGGAAUCUACAGAGCUGCAAAGCAGCUGGCAUUGAAAAGUGAUCAGAAAACCAAAAGAUUAGCACUGUUAACGGAGAUGCGUAGACCUGAGAUAUCUGUAAGGACAAGUGGUAGAAGCAGCUCAGAUUCACCCGGAGACACAUCUGAUAGUAGCAAAUGUUUCAAAUCUUCGCCAUCAGUUCCUCCUCCGUCAUCCGUAUCUACUUUGACAAGAACAACCAUGACAUUACAUAAUAAUGCGUUUGGGAAUGCGAAUCGAAGUAGUAGUAAUCCAGGAAUUGCACAAACAGCCAGCAUCUCGAACAAUAAUAAUUCUCCUAAUUCCAAACCGACAACUUAUAGUAAUCCAAAUUUUGCCUUAUCCGAAACUGUUGUGGUAUAUCGACAAGAACCUUCUUCGGUGAUUGAACGCGAAAGCACUGCACCUUGUGUUAGUCCUGAAGAUUCUAAUGAUGAAGAAGAAGUUACGGAAAGUGAACGCCCACGUACUGUCUUUCAACCAGAUAUCUCGUUUCCAUUCAUCGAUGCGGAUAGUGUCUCUUCACUUGUGGGCAAUGACGACCUUAGAAGAUUAAGAUCAGUCAAGACACAUGAUCCCAGAGAGUAUCUGAAUCUGGACGAUGUUGCUAAAGAAAACUGCGCUGGUCCUAGCAACUGUAAACCUGCUGAAGAAGUUCCAUUGAUAGCGGUAUCACGGGUCGAGAGCGAAAAAUCCGCUAUAACUAGAGUUCGUCAAUUACUGUUAACAUUGAGAAAUCAUAGUAUGAGGAGGAGACGAAAAACGAACAAGAAGGAACCUUACAAGUCACGGUCAGAAAAUCGGGCGAGAAAAGCAUUACGAACUAUAACGUUUAUUCUCGGAAGCUUCAUUGUGUUAUGGACGCCUUUUUAUGUUCUAGCUACAGUUUAUGGAUUCUGUGAUUCAUGCAAGGAAUCUAAAGUCUUCAACCUAAUGUAUUCUAUUAGCUAUUACUUGUGCUACAUGAAUUCACCCAUUAAUCCAUUCUGUUAUGCUAUGGCCAAUCAGCAGUUUAAAAAGACAUUAACGCGCAUAUUCAAAGGAGAUUUCCAUCGAGUAUAA